ACAGCGAAUAGAGAAAGCAGCAGGUGGAUGGAUCAUUGACGCUUUUGUUACUUUUUAACACCAACGAGCUUCUCAUCAUCACACAAGCCGGCUGACAAUGUCUCACAAAUCACAUUCUUAUUGAUAUUAAAACAGCUUCCGCUCGCAGACCACAGAGCAGACGAGAUCCCGGCGCAGGGUGGACUUAGCAGUGCGCGUCUGACUUGACUGUGCAGUCAUGUUGUCGGCGGAAGAGAUCCUUUGCAGCACGCAGCAGGUGAUCGCUGGCCUGGAGGCGCUCCGAGGAGAGAAUCACAGCCUGCUGGAGAGCCUGCAAGCGCACGGCCGGGGUGCUGAAAUGCCCGUCGAGACCGGAGGCGGAAGCGUGGAGCUGGAGAAGAGCGGCAUUAUACGUCAGUCGCUGGAAAGGAUCGAGCUGGGCCUCAGCGAAGCACAGGUGAUGAUGGCGCUGUCGGCUCAUUUGGGUUCUCUCGAGGCCGAGAAACAGAAGCUGCGGGCUCAGGUGCGCCGCCUGUGUCAGGAGAACCAGUGGCUGCGUGACGAGCUCGCGGGCGCCCAGCAGAGACUGCAGGAGCGUGAGCAGGACAUGGUCACGCUGGAGGAGCAAAACAGACAUCUCCAAUUCAUGGCCUCCAUCCGCAAGUACGACCAGGAGGAGCCACCUCCACCGCCGGAUGACAAGAACAUAUCAUCCAACAAAGAAUCUCUGGAUGACCUUUUCCCUGCUGAGGACGAGGAAUCGUCACAAAUGUCGACGUCGCAGCACCACCACAGCAGCGCGGUGGCGGCAGCCCAGCAGGGAGGGUACGAGAUUCCCGCUCGCCUCCGGACCCUCCACAACCUUGUUAUCCAGUACGCUUCCCAAGGACGAUACGAGGUGGCCGUGCCUCUCUGUAAACAGGCCUUGGAAGACUUGGAAAAGUCGUCGGGCCACACCCACCCUGAUGUGGCCACCAUGUUAAACAUUUUGGCACUGGUCUACAGAGACCAAAAUAAAUACAAAGAAGCUGCCAACCUGCUUAAUGACGCGCUGGCCAUCAGGGAGAAAACACUGGGAGCGGACCACCCGGCUGUGGCCGCCACGCUCAACAACCUGGCAGUUCUUUACGGGAAGCGAGGCAAAUACACGGAGGCUGAGCCGCUGUGCAAGCGAGCGCUGCAGAUCCGAGAGAAGGUGCUGGGAACGGAGCACCCAGACGUGGCCAAGCAGCUCAAUAACUUGGCGCUGCUGUGCCAGAACCAGGGCAAGUACCAGGAAGUGGAGCGCUACUACGAGCGAGCCCUGCACAUCUACCAGAGCAAACUGGGACCCGACGACGCCAACGUGGCUAAGACCAAAAACAACCUGGCUUCCUGUUACCUCAAGCAGGGCAAGUACCGCCAAGCAGAAGCGCUAUACAAGGAGAUCCUCACCAGAGCGCACGAGAAGGAGUUUGGCUCCGUGGAAGGCGACGCCCGUCCCAGCUGGUCGGGCAGCGCCGAGCCACCCGGGAUACAUGAUGGCCCGCUGAGGCGAAGUGGCUCCUUCACCAAACUGCGCGAGUCCAUACGGCGGAGUAGCGAAAAGCUGGUGCGCAAGCUCAAAGGGGCCGGCGUGGAGGGCGACACCCCAAUGAAUGCUGGGAUGAAAAGAGCCAAUUCACUGAACAUGCUUAACGUCGGGGGACAAAGUCGGGACGGCGACCAGUCGCGCUACCUACUGGACCAUCGAGGACUCAGCUCCAGCACUCACAACCUGAACAGGCGAGGAUCGCUCGGGACCAGUUAGCUACGAAACACUCACACUUUUAAGCCCUGCGAGUCACCGUUUGGAUGAUUGGAAAAGAAAAAUUGGUUUAUUUGUUUACAUUCCGACGUCACGUUCGAGCCUCAAAAGGUCAAGACGUUGAUGUGCAAAAUACAAAUGAACUACAACAAUGGCGGACCACACUAAUGUUCUAAUGCUGACAGAAGCUUGAGCUAACGCUAUUCAAAAGGCAGAAAAAAAGCAAAACCAUAGUGUUUCUACAUCUCCAACUAGUGGCCUGUUGUGCUUAUUGCACAUCUUCGGAAACAAAUACACGUUCCAUUAAACGUGAUAUCCUUUAUUUAUUUUAACCUCUGCCUCAUUGCGAACAUACAUUUCAGACUUCAAACAUUCCGGUGAUGGCUUUUAAUGUGUUUUUGCCUUUUAAUGAACUUGUAUUUUCCCCUCUUAAAUGGGUUGUUUACAUGGAACAGUUGCGUUCCUCUCACUAACUUUUAUUUAUCUUUUAAAAGAAUUUUAAAAUUGCAGCAAAAUAAAAAAGUAGCCCAAAAUAAACACACUUGGAAGCGGAACACUAUUUUAGAUUGACUUUAAAGAGGAAGAAUUUUUUACAUUAGGCGUAAUCUUCACAUUAGCAGGGUUUUAAUUCAUCGGUGGAGUUGAUUUCAACAAAUUCUGUGCACUUUGUCAGUUAUUUGUUAGUUUCAAGGCUUCGGAGUGGCUAAGUGAGCACAGGUCAAUGGUCCCAUCUUAGCAUGUCAAUAAAAAACUAUAUUAACGGAUCUAACAUAGUCAUUCAAAAUACAGAUCAUUGUUCCAAAUAUCCAUACGGCCAAAACAACGUCACACCAAACUGCCGUAAUUCAUUUUAUUCUGCAGAACUAUUUUUUUAGAUGCAUAAUGCGACCACAAUAGAGAGGAGUGCUUUGGCCACUCUUGCUUGUGCUUCAUUCGAGGAAGGUAGGAAAUUGGACUUAUCCCACUCGGAUGGUUCCGACCUCAAAGCUUUCCAAGUGAAUGUAAACAGCAAGAUGGCUGAUCACGACAAGUUGUAUUUUAUGUUGGCCAUCAAAAGACAUUUUGACCUCCAGCAAACCACUGUCUGCUUUUCGACGGCAGCGCCAUUUUGUUGAGUGACGUCAGAUUUAAGCAAGUCGUGAACAACCCCCCCUAAACUUUGCGAUUAGGGCCUCCCAGGUCGAGUGGCUUCCCAUUUUUCCUGGUCGGAGUUUGCAAAACUCUGACUUCCCACCUUCCUGGAACGCAGCAUCAAUCUACAGAGUCUUGACUCAAGAAUGGCAACAUGGUGAAAUGUGCAUUUAGAGGUUGUGCAAACAGAAGAAAUAGGCAAAUGAAAGUUUCCACAAAUUCCCUAUGAAGAACAAUAAACUGUGAUUACGACAAACACACCGGUGGAAAAAAUAUCACUCUCCCCUGCAGCCUGUUCCCUGCAGUGCUGCUGGCUUACAAAUGUUGCUGUUCAUACCAUUAUUGACAAGUUUUAACAACUUCAUCCUGUGGCCUAUACUACGAACGGAGUUCAACCUCCCCAGAAGUAAUCCAGUUUACCAGCGGGUAACCGGAGUUGACAAAACCUGGUUGUCUAAUUUGUGGUCAAUCGGUGCUACGACGCUGAUUAUGAGGUUGAUUAGUCGAACCUGUGUCAACCCUGUCAGAGUUACUGCGCGUUCACAUAAAAGGGGGCGGAGACCAGAGUCAAACACUACUUGUGACGAUGGCACGGGCACCUUACUUCACGGAGGAGGAAUGCGCAAUGAUCAUGCGGAGUUAUGAGGAAUUAAAAUCCACCCUCACCGCAAAAUCCAACACCGCUUCGGAGAGUAGAGCGCAACGGGUCUGUUGACAGCAAAUUUACAGAUCGUGUGAUUUGUGAAUGCGUCAAUAUGCCAGUUUACUUAUGUCCAUGAAAAGAAAUAAAGCCUGCUGUCAGGACAAUAAAAUAAGAUUUGGUACGUUGACAGUAAGAAAUAAUUUAUUGCGCAUCACCACAUAAAGCAGGAUGAUUAUGACUGUAUGAAUACGUAUGUCCUUUUUUUUUUAUAUUUAGUUUGGGCCUAAAAAAUCCAGCCCGACUCGAGCCCGAUCAAUUAACUUAACCCGACCCCCACCCCCCAAAAUGUUAUAUUUGUGAGGACUCAGGAAAAGGAAAUGCGGAGAUGAAAUGCGUUGUUGCGUAAAUUAAAGCCCGUCUUUUGUAACGAAUUUUCACAGUUAAGACAGUAAGAUGCAUAUUCAUUCAUUCAUUCAUUCAUUUUCCAUGCCGCUUUUAAUAAACAUUUAUAUCUUUUAUAUUUGUGCGUCUGCCCUAUCAGUGGAUUUGACAUUUAAUUUAAUCUCUUUGAGUUGGCAGAAAAAAACGCGUUUUCUCAAUGUUUAAAUCGUCUACAUAUUUCUAUGAUUAUUAUAAAAGCAUUUACACAACGAAAUUACGCUGGAAAAGUUCGUUAAAUAUAUUUCUUGUAUGAGAGCAAAGCUCCGCAUUCGUUUACAUUCAGCGAUUUCAACAAUCAGUUCGAAGCGUUUCCAUACCCCACUCCGAAUUGCAUGGCAUACAGUGUUCUUACGCAGAUAUUCAUCAUCACCGAUGGAAUGCAUAUAUUGUCCCUGGCGAAAGAGCACACGGACAGGCACACAAUCUGCGCGGUUGUGAGGGCCUGACUUCGGCGGGUUACGUUAGUGACGUCUGCCUCGAUCAGUUGGCACAGGUAAAGAAAUCCCUCAGCUGAAAAUCUAAAUCGGUUCCAACAUAUCCACCUUUCGUAGUCUCGCUUAGCUGCGAACUUCGGUCGCACGUGAUGAAGUUACUCUCGAAGUUACCCUGCUAAACCAGAAAAACCGGCUUCGUAGUAUAGGCCACUGAAAACAAACCAACCUUAUUGAUUGCAUGGGUCAUUGGUGAUUCUCAUGCGUGCAUGUUUUUUUAUUCGUAUGCUAAAAUGGGACUAUUGACUCGCGCUAGCUUAGCCACUCCGGAGCCCUGAAAGUAACAAACUGAUAAUAAUUAGCUGGGGCUAAUAAUUUAGCCCCACCUAACUCAAAGAUUAAGGCUUAUAUCAAAAAUUCUGAACUUCCCCUUUAAAUGAUGUAGGUUUAUAAACUAUUUUGACACGUAAACUUUCUACUCUGAUAGAAGACAGUUUUCACUCAUUUUGGCUUUUUUAAAAUUGCUGUUUUGCUCUUACAAAGUUUGUAGAUUUUGCCGAGUUGGAAAAUGUGUUGCAUAUUUUGCUUUAUUUUAUUGGAAUUUCUUGAUGCGGAAACUUAAAUAAAGGUCGUUUCAUUGUGGAGAAGUUUGGAUUUCAUGCAAUAGCAAAAAUGUUUUGUAACAGGCAUUUGUAGCAAGCUAUUAACGCUUCCAGCGCCACUGACGAUGAGACGUCCAUUCACGUGGCUUUUGAACUGACCUAAAUUCACAGAAGGAUUGUCACUGGUAGCUGUCUAAUCCAAGUGAACUUGGAGGCCUGGCAGCGAAUGAACACGUUCAUUUGCGGUCAGCGUGAGCCAGAAAAAUUUUGAAAUCUAUCAUUUGAUCCGUUUCUAACCCAAACAGCAGUCGUUCAGCUUAGUCCUUAAUUUUAACUAGCUGACAUCAAAAAGUGCAAUUCAUAUAAGCUUCUUUAAAUGCAAAUGUUUUAGAAGGCCAAUUCCUAUUCCAGAUUCAAAUCAUCAAACACUAUUUACGAUCAUACACUAUCAAACACAUCAAAUAAUAUUUGGAGGUUCACUUUUUUAUCAAACAACAUUUUAAAAUGAGAUUGUACAUUCAUUGGAGUGAAUUACCAGCCCCGGGCAAUAAAAUAUUUUUCAAUGACCAUUUAUUGUAUGAGGCAGUCGCUUAAUUGUCAGAAAUGCAAAAAUAUGGUGGGAAGAGUGGAAGUUAAUACAUCGGACAGUUCAUUUCACAGAUGUGUCCAAAAUGUUCCAUAUGAUUAUAAAACUAGUAAUUAACUUACUGUGGACCAGCAAACUAUGUAAAAAAAAAACAAAAAAAACAUGUGGGACAAUAACAUGAUAGCAUUGUUCAGGGCAAAUACCAUAUUGGCCCGAAUAUGAAACUGUUUUUUUGCAUUGAAAUAAGGCUGAAAAAGAGGGGGUCGUCUUAUAUUCGCGGUGUAGACAUUAUACCCAUUCACGACGCUAGAUGGCGCCAGAUAUCAUUGAAGCGAUGUUCUGUCAUGACAGAUCUCAGCUACUCUCAAGUUUAACCAGUUUGCUUUAUUUUAUUGCAAUGUUUUUCCUUAUUCAGAUUUAUUUCAAGACUACAGUUACAGUUAACUUCACUUUGAUGGUUAAUGCAGUUAUUGCAAUUUUGUUUUAUCACAAUAGAUUGGUUUAUUUACAUUUCAAAAACCAGAAGCCAUUCAUUUACGAAUGUGAUUGCACUUGAGUUUACAUAUUUAAAUGUUCAGAUAUUAGGAUUUGAAUGAGGCAAAAUAACAUGCUUUUCCUCUCAAAUAUAUUGUUAUAAUCAUUUGUUCCGGAUGUACUGUAAUCAUUUUCUGUAUAAAAAUUUGGUGUUCAAAAAGUUUUUUUUCAAACUUGAGUCUUGAAAACGAAGGGGUCGUCUUAUAAUCAGAGCCGUCUUAUAUUCGGGCCAAUACGGUAUUUUGAAAAUGGGAUAUAACUCAGGGUCUUGCUUAUUUUCCUGAUGGCAGAGUGUUUUUGAUGACUGCAAAGGCCUUUCACAGUUAUGUUGACCUGUUGUCAUUGAAAAACACUAAUAUGAUACAAAAUGUACAGUAUGAAGUCUAAAUGUCUGCACAACAGACGCAUUGACAAGUGACUAUCCACUUCUGUGUUGUCACUGCUUGACAAAAAAAAAAAAAUCAUGACUUAAAGGAACUUUUAGCUCUGAUGAGCCAUCUCGGCGAUCUUCUUCAACAUCUCCUCUGACUGCAGCUGCUCCAGCGUCAGCAGAGACAGACCCAGCUGGUCUUCCUGUGCAGCAGGGGUGACAGAGCACACGAAACAGUUAACAUAAACUGGGCGAAUCUUCACUGUAUCUCGACAUAUGAACGCAUUUGUAUAUAUUCAGAUUACAAAAGGGUUUUUAGCAAACAUUUUACAAAAGAUACUAUGUACCGUAAUUUUCGGUCUAUAAGCCGCUACUUUUCCCCCCUCAUUUUGAAUCCUGCGGCUUAUAGUCCAGUGCGGCUUAUUUGUUGAUUUAUUAGGGUUAAUAGGUAACACUUUAUUUGACAGCGGCUUCAUAUUCUAUUAAGAACAAAUAA